AUGGUCCUGGCUAAGUCGAUAUUGGUCGCUCUGGUGGCCUCGUUUGGUGGGUUCAUUGUUGGCGUAUCCCUGGGGUGGUCGGGGCCCAUCGGAAGCGUAAGGUGCAUCGGCGCGUCAUACGUGUUCCAGCCGAGUCCCGUGCACUGGGCAUUCAUAUGCUCGAUCAUUGCAGUGGGUGCCGCUAUCAUGUGCGUGCCCGCGGGCAUCAUGAUCAGCUCGUUCGGCCGGAAGCCGAUCAUGAUGGGCAUGGUGCUGCCGAGCAUCGCCGGCUGGGCCCUCAUCAUUAGCGCGGAGCACCUGAGCAUGAUGUACAUCGGCCGACUGCUGAUUGGAAUGGGCAACGGCGGCAUCGGCGUGGCCGUCACCAUAUACAACAAUGAGGUGGCCGAGCUGCACAUGCGCGGAAUGCUGAACUGCUUCUUCAACCUGAUGCUGGUCCAUGGCACUCUCUAUGCCUACCUCCUGAACUCGUGCCAGGACUUACAGACGUACAACUUUGCGUGCGGCCUGCUGCCUCUGGCCUAUGCCGGCAUUCUUAUAUGGGUGCCCGAGUCGCCGGUGUACCUGGUGCAGCAGAAUAGGAACGAGAAGGCCAAGGCCACCUUGCAAUGGCUGCGGGGCCCCAAUGCAAACAUUGAGCGAGAAAUGCUGGCGAUAGCGACCAGCCACCAGCCGGAGAGCUACAGCACCAAGGAGGCGCUGCGCGAGAGGGCCACAGUGAGGAGCCUGCUGGCGGUGAUCGGACUGAUGCUGUUCCAGCAGUUCACGGGCAUCAACGCGUAUGUCUUCUACAUGAAGCUGAUGUUCAACGAAGACAACUACAAGGCGUCCAUACAGCUGUGCAUUAUUGUCUUUGCCCUUGCCCAAGUGGUCGCCGCGUAUGUGACCGCAUUGGUCAUUCAGAAAAGCGAGCGCAAGCUCUGGCUCUUUGUGUCGGGCCUCGUGAUUCUGCUGGCCUCCAUUCUCCUGGCGCUGAACUUUCAAUUUCUAAGGACCGCCGACUCCAAGUGGCUAAUAGCCUCCGCCACCGUCAUGUACAGCGCUGCACACGGCCUGGGCGUCGGGCCACUCGUCUGGGUCGUUAUGAUCGAGAUGUUCUCGGAGCGAGUGCUGCCCAUUUGUGAUGCGAUUGUCUCGACUUUCUCGUGGAUUUUUGUUUUUACGAUAGUUUCUGUGUUUCCAUUCGCUAUCACAAGCGAUUUUCCUGCCCUCAUCUUUGGAGUAUUUGCGGCAUUUUCUUGCGGAGGGUGUCUCUUCACUAUCACGUACAUACCGGAAACACACAGUAAAAGCUCGAAGGAUCCAUAG